ACACGAGUUUAUUUUCAGCCUUUCUCUUGGAGACGGGAUACGAUGGUGUAAACUGGCCGUGGCCGAGCCGUGUGCGACUACAACAAUGUUUACCCUGGACUCAUAGGAGCUAAAACCUGCGAAGAAACUCCGGAGCACCGAGGUUUGGAAUUUAGCGGCGACAUGUGAAAUGUUGCUGCGCGGUUUGUCGGUAUUUCCAGGCGGCAACGGACAGACCAAGCCUGGCUAGUUGAAGCUAGCUAGCUUGUAGCCGAGCAGCUCGGAUAGCUAUCGUUAACCUGCGCGCGUUGUUGUGCCAACGCGGCGUUUGUCGUAGUUUGCACGUUAAUCGUCCGGUAAUAUAAUCUAGAGUUUGCACAGUUUUUCACCAGACUGUUGUUUCAAUGUACAGAGAGGACGGCGCAGCGACGUAGCUAAUGUUAGCUACCUCUGCGUGCUAGUAAGUGAUAGUGAGUCCUUUCAGCUCGCGACAUUCAUCAUUAAAGACUCCCUUUGACAUCCGGUCAGUACACAUUAACCAGCGAGUCAAAACUGUGCUGAAAUGCGCCGCUAAUACAUGCUAACUGUUAGCUAGGAGCUCACGUCGCACUACAGCAGUCAUAUUGUUUUGGCUGACAUGGCAGCCAGCGGAUACUCUGACCUGAGGGAGAAGCUCAAGUCCAUGACUCCUCACAGAGACGACUACAAGAACAAGUACGCGGACGGGACGAGCAACGGGAGCGGCGGAAAAGGACGGAAGCGCAAGUUCCGGGAGUCCGACGAUGAUGAGUUUGAGCACAGCGACGACAGCGCGGAUCACCGGGAGCAGGAGGCCAGCCGGGUGAGGAGCAGCAUCCAGCAGAAGAACAUCUUCACCCCGGAGGAGUGCGCCCUCAUCGAGGAGAAGAUCGACGACGUGGUGGCCAAAGGAGAGGCUGGACGUUACCGUGAGCACACCGUGGACAGAGCACCCCUCCGCAACAAGUACUUCUUCGGGGAGGGCUACACGUAUGGAUCCCAGCUGGAGAAGCGUGGACCGGGCCAGGAGAGGCUGUACCGCAAGGGAGAGGUGGAUGAGAUCCCCAGCUGGGUGCACGAGCUGGUGAUCAAGCGCUUGGUGUCCAGCGGAGUGGUCCCGGAAGGGUUUGUCAACAGUGCAGUCAUCAAUGAUUAUCAACCAGGAGGCUGCAUUGUGUCACAUGUAGACCCCCUGCACAUCUUUGCACGUCCCAUCGUCUCAGUGUCCUUCUUCAGUGACAGCGCGCUCUGCUUCGGCUGCCGCUUCCAGUUCAAGCCGAUCCGGGUGUCUGAGCCGGUGUUUGUGCUGCCUGUGAGGAGGGGGAGUGUCACAGUGCUCAGUGGCUACGCUGCUGAUGACAUUACACACUGCAUCCGGCCCCAAGACAUCAAGGAGCGGCGUGCAGUCAUCAUCCUCAGAAAGACCAGACCUGAUGCUCCUCGACUGGACUCUAACAGCCCUUUAAGCUCUUCUCCUGUAGAGAGACCCACUCCUCUGAAAGCCAAACGCUCUCAUCGGAAAGCAGACCCAGAUGCUGCUCACAGGCCGAGGGUACUGGAGAUGGAUAAAGAGGAGAACAGACAUCCGUCACACUCCCGUCACCGGCGUCACAGCAUCAGCUCAGAGAACUACUGGAGACGCGGCCAAGACUCCGACAAACACCGGGAGAGUUCGGGACGCAAAGUCAAAAUGAGACGCCACUGAAGCAUUUCUCUGUCACACAAGUACACAUAUAAAUAUACCCAUUCUUUUAUGUACUUCAAUAUUGUAACAUUCUUUGAUCAGUCGUCAUUUUCUGGCUCCAGUUUUAGUCUGGCACAAGGAGCACAGCCGUCAUGUCGUCUGCCUUUUGAUUUGAGUCUGGAUCAGUUUGAGUGCAUUAUUUGUUUCUGGCAGACGAAGCUGGCGUCUCUGCUGCACAGUGCUGAACCUCAAGUUACUUAACUACAGUUAGGCUCUGUCGUCUAAUUACCUUUAACUGAACAUUUCUUGUUUCUAUGUCCAUAGAUACUUCAAGAUGGCAUGUAUUUUUUUGUAACCAAGAUGUACAGACGGCAAAAGCUAAAAGAAAGACGUAUGUAUGGACUUGUACAGAAGAAAACCCGAGCUGUAAUCUAACUUGUUAUAAUGUACAAUAAGUUUGUAUAGUCUUUGAUUGGGGCAACUUUUAUGCAGAAAGAAAUCUUUGUUUAUUUCGCACCUACAUUUCUGAUCCUGUGCCAUCCCACGUCUUUGUUCCCUUCGGCCUCCCUGUCGCAGCUUAAGUUGAAACAACUGGCAGAUGUGCAGCCAUGCUUUCUGUGUUAUGAUUUGAUUCAGCUGUAUUGCUCAUGUUGGUGGAGAUCACAAGAUGGUGCAUCAACUAAACUGAUGAUUUAUGGAGUGAUGAAAAACUCAGGCCUUGUUUUAUACUCCUGUUUCAGUUUGAAGUUGCUUUACCUUAUAUAGCGACACAGGCCAUGUUAUUGCUGUUCUCUAUUAAAUCUAAUUUUUUCCCCUCA